UAAUAUUAGAUCGUUUUAGCUUACAAGCUGUAAAGGAAGAUUUCUGUGUAAUCCCAUGGCCGAAACAAAAAAGGCACUGAUCAUAUCCACAUCUAGAAAUGCAGAUUGCACGCAAGAGGAUGAAUGUUACAGUGAAAGGCAAAAAGAGGAAGCUUGUGAGCAUGGACACUCAGAUUUUGUUCUCAUGAAAAAAAUAAAUAUAUAUAAAAUUUGAAUAUUAGCAAAUUACGGUUACAGAGAAAAGUGCAACAGAGGUUACGGAUGAACUUUUUUUUUGUUUUGUUUUUUUAAGUUGUUUACCUCAUGUUUACAGGAAGAUGUGUGGCCCUUGCUUUGGCCAACAUUGGCAAUUGAUAUAUGACUUUCUUCUUGUCAUCUGGCUUUUGCUUCUGGCUGGAGCUCCACACACUGCAUGUGGCUAUUUCCUGGGAGACACUAAGGCUGUAUUAAAUGGCUGUAAAGACCACUGGACCCUGCAGGACAGGGCCACCAUGCCGCUGCUUUUCCAGAUGACCGUGUGUGUGGACAUUCGUGUGGUCGUCCCUGGAGCGUGGGUGGCCUUCUCGUACAGCUCGGUCCACACACCCAAGCCUGAGUUGGGGCUGGAGGGAGACCACGAGGCGAUAUAUGGGUGGCUGCUACGAGUCAGGCACCGGUUUCCUAUCCAGCUAUCCCCAACACACUGGCACAGGGUGUGUCUACGGAGAGACGUAAAGGGCAACAAAUUCAGCCUGGAGGUUGAUGGGAUGAUGGUGGCAGAGAGGAUGGUCAUCGCACACGCCAUCCCCCCUUCCGGCUCGCUGUGGCUGGGCUGUCACCCCAGAGACCGACCCCGUGGAGCCGAGCUCGGGAAGGUGGAGCUGUACUUGUUCCGCAUGUGGGCCGACCUGGGUCGUCACGAGUCCUGCGAGGACGGCACUGUGAUCGGCUGGAACGCCCAGUACUGGGGAGUGACCAGUCCCAACGCGAGAGAGAGAGACACAAACCUUCCGUGUGGUGAGACGGACGUGGAAAUUUUUUGAUCCUACCUAUGGUGUAGAUUAGAGCUCAUGCAUGAACCCCUUGUCGAACUAAUUAGCCACUGCAUUUAUAACUAAAUGCAUGGCAGUCCUUACUGUUGUGGAUAUGGAAGACUUAA